GUGUUGUGUCAUAAUGUCAUUUCAUUUCAUUUUCCAAAAUGUUUUUCGAAUCGAAAUAACAAUAAUAUUCAUAAAUAAUCUUAUUUCAUAAUUCCUAUAUCCUGUGCGUUGCUGAUUCUGAAUGAAUUUUGAAAGUAAAUAGUUUUAAAACCGACUGUAAUUUUGGUUGUUCUAUUGUAUUCAAUUCGUAUUCGUAAUUGGUUCUUUUUGUUUAUUUGAGUUAGGUCUCUUUUCUUUAUUUAAAAAUAUUAUUGGAUAGCUAUACGUAAAAUGGAGAGAGAUAACCGAGAUCAAGACUGUGCAAUUUGUUUACAAAAAUAUCACCAUCCUGCAGAAUUGCCAUGUGGCCAUGUCUUCUGUUUUCUUUGUGUAAAGGGCAUUGCUAGGACAAGCAAAAAGUGUGCUAUAUGUCGCACAAACAUACCAGCAGACUACUUUGAUCAUCCAGUUUUAUUAGAUAACCCAGACACAGAUGAAAUUUUAGAACCUGAAAAUGAAAAGUACCACUGGUACUAUGAGGGAAGAAAUGGUUGGUGGAAAUAUGAUGAACGCAGUAAUGUUGAUUUAGAAUCUGCAUUCAACUCUAAUGAAGCACAGUGCUUACUACUCCUGGCAGGCACUUUGUAUGUGGUGGAUUUACAAAAUAACAUUCAAAUCCGACGAAAUGAUCCCACUAAACGUCGCCGAAUUAAAAGGGAUUUAACCACUCUGCCAUCUAAAGGUAUUGCUGGUAUAAAAAUUCUUGAUACCACUCAAACAGACGACACAGAAAAUAACAGUGAUGUAAAUAUAAAUAACACAGAAAAUGCAGAGCAUGGAAAUGAAGAAAAUGUCAGUGAUAUAAAUACAAACAACACAGUAAAUGCAGAACAUGCAAAUGAACAAAAUACUAGUGAUGUAAAUAUAAAUAACACAGAAAAUGCAGAGCAUGGAAAUGGUGUUAUAUUAUUAGCAAAUGUGAGCAUCACAAGUGGCCAGGGUGUUAGUACAACUGGCCAAACUGUUAAUGAUCUGGCUGAUAGACUGAGUAACAUUAACUUGCAAAUAGAAGAUACAACAAAUUAUGAAGAACCUGUCUUACAAGAUAGAGACAAUGUAUGAAUGUAUGAAAAUGUAUUUUGGUUGCUGGUACAAAAUACUAGUGAAGCCAUUAAGAUUUAUUUAUUAAUUUGAAUUUAAAAACAACCAAUAUUUUAGUAAGGUAUACCAAAAUUAAUUUUUGAUUUGGUACUGAAUGAAUGGACCUUGUAGAAAUAAAGUAUUAUGGAUAUUAAAUUAUUGUUGUAGCCCUAAUACCUAAACAAAAAUUACACCUUUAAAAGCCCUUCAUUUAUUUUGUGGGUGUAACUCAGACAAAUUAUAGAAGGACCUGUAUCACAUUCAUAGUCACGAACAAAACUGUCUGUCAUUUUCUGAAGAAAACGAGCUUAGAUUUGGUAUAUAUCAUAAACUAAACUAGAAGUUUUUGCCCGUUUUUUACACAAUUCAAUUACACAAAAAGGUAUUUUUACGGAGCUCUUUAACCGUCGAACACGAUUACAACUAUUUAUCAUCGAUACUAUAGAUACAGUUUUUAUAAUCGCAUUAGAUCGUUGAUCAUAUACUUUGACAGAAAAAUAACGUCUAGCGAGGCAGGUCCUAUACAAUAAUUGGUCUGAGGGGUGUAAUAAGUAGUCCAUACUUAAGACUGACCAAAGGCCUUCGGCCUUGUCAGACUUCCCUUAUAUCUAAAAAUAUAUAUAUUGUUAUGCCAUUAUCUGGACAGCAAAUGUGAACGGUGUCCAGUUAUUUGCAUUAAAAUUAUUAUUGUUAUUUAUGUUUAUACUAAUUGAUAAUAUUACAUGUUCUUAUUAAAACCACAUUCUAUUAUAUACAGACAAGCCUUGGUGUACUGUUGUAGUCCAUUAUGGCCUUUACCUUCAAAUUCUUCAAGAGUUAUAUAUUGUAAGUUUGUAUCCUCUUAAAUUGAAUGUAUGUAGAAGUACUUACUACUUAGGCAUGUCAAGAGAAUAUAUAGUGCACAAGCAUAUAAAACAAUCUCAGAAUAUAUAUACAAAGUGUAGUACUACUAAAUAAUUGAGUGUGCAGCAAUGAUGUUAAAUACUGUUAGAUGUGUUACUAGGUCAUGAAAAAUGAGGUGCUCAAGAGGACAUUUCCACAUCUCAAUGUUAGUUGUGGUCAAGAACGAACAUUAUUUAAACAAAUAAAACCUAAAUAUUGUUUACAACUCUACAUAAAUAAUGGAAUUAAAGACAAAUUUGUGCAUGCUCAGUUUUGUAGUCUAUUAUUUGGAUCACUUUUUGCAGUGAUUUUGUAGGGACGUAACCAAUCUAUGGUCUAUCUGUUACCUGUACUUGUUUGGUGUUUACUGUAGGUACUUGUUACUGUAUCUUAAUGGAAAUAGAUUGUCAUGUUAUUUCUACAUGGUGCAUAAGCAGUGGCAAUACUAUACCAUAUUAGGGCCAGUGGCAAAUUUCAUGAAUGGAAAAUCCAUCCCCAGAAAAAAAAAUAUAAUUUCGUAAAUUAAGAUGAGCUCAAUGCCUUACAAGCUGAGUUGAACUUUAAGCCCUGGGCCUGUUUCAUUGCCAUGCAACCCUAUUUACAAGAUGGAGGUCCUGGGUUCGAUCACCGGCUGGGCAGAUUGAGAUUUUCUUAAUUUGUUCAGGUCUGGCUGGUGGGAGGCUUCGGCCGUGGCUAGUUCCCACCCUACCGGCAAAGACGUACCGCCAAGCGAUUUAGCGUUCCGGUAUGAUGCCGUGUAGAAACCGAAAGGGGUGUGGAUUUUCAUCCUCCUCCUAGCAAGUUAGCCCGCGUCCAUCUUAGACGAAAAAUAAAAAAAAUACCCUAUUAGUUUUGCCACUAUACCUACACACCUUACAAGAAAUCAUGCUCGGGCCACUAUGCAUGUAUUAAUAUGUAGUGAUACUGUACUUAACUGUUGUUAAAAAUUGGCUGAGUUAUGUAUAUUUGUAUUUUCCAUCUUGAUUUUAUGCAUAUAAUAAAAGUUUAAUUUUAUUUUUA